AUGAGGUUAUUGUUCACCAUUAUUGAAGAAACAAAGGAGGAUUUGGAGUCUGAGGAAGCUAAAUCAAAGAAAGGGAGGAGCUUGAGUGAUGUGGUCUUUAGUGUUGAAACCCCAUAUUUGACCACAUUGGCUUCACCUCCAUUUUUGACACCUCCACUUACACCAUUAGAGGCUGCUUGUUGUUACAAUCAGCAUGGAUCAUUCAACCCUUUGAUUGAAUUAUCAAAUGGUGGAGAUUUCAACAUGUCAUCAUCACCUCCUCCAAAGUUCAAGUUCUUGCAAGAGGCUGAGGAGAAGCUCAAAAAUGGUUACAUUAAUGGAAGGAGUUGA